AUGCAAAGUGCAGGAGUGCAGCCCAACGUGAUUCACACCAAUGCUGCUGCCAAAGCCUGCGCACGCGGUUCUCAGUGGGUUCUGGUUCUUCAGCUCCUUCGCGCGGCAGAUGGGAUCGAGCCAGAUGUCAUCAGCUACAACACGGCGAUUGCCGCGUGUGGCCCGUCAGGGCACUGGCGCCCUGCCGUCGACCUGCUUGCCGCUGCACGAUGCCACGCGCUGGCCACCGACGUGGUCAGCUACACCGCAGCCCUCAGUUCCCUGGAGAAGGGAACUUUCUGGUCGGCGGCACUCGGGGCUUUCCGCAGCCUCACGGAGCAGAUGCUGGAGCCCACACAGAUCAGCCUCAACAGCGCCUUAAGCGCCUGGGCCCGGCCGAACCACUGGCCUAGCGCGCUGCGGCUACUGUCUGCUGCAGCAGAGAAGAGGAUCCGGCCUGACACGGUCAGCUUUGCGACAACUUCCAGCUCAGCUCCUUGGCAAAACGCUGGUGGCCUCCUCGCUGCGCUGCGGGUGCUGGGUCUGCGUUGGGAGGGAAUGCCGAAUCGUGGGCCGUGGCGCCUGGCAACAGCCUGCACAACGCAGGCAGAUGUCGAUUCUGCCGCCUUCCGGGCUGUAGUGCAGGCUUGUGCUGCAGAGCGCAGCUGGGAAGCCAGUGUGGCCAUGUGGCGUCGCGCCCAGCAGGCCGACCUCAUCACGCACAACAGCGUCCUCAAGUCCUUAGAGGGCCACUGGGUCCUGGCUCAGUUCUUCCUGUGCUCCAUGAAGGGGGCCCACCUCCGACCGAGCGCUGUGACCAAGAGCACCAUGGUGAGCCACAUGGCGGGAAGCAGGGGCUGGCUGCAAACGAUGCAGCUGCUCAGCCGCUCGGGAUCCAAAACUGCAUCCAUCUUUUCUGUCAACAGCGCCAUCACGACGUGUUCCCAUGAACUCUGGCAUGUAGCUGUCCGGCUGGUCGCACAGACGUACGACUCCCGCAUGGGGCCAGAUACGAUAACCUACAACUCCGCCGUCAAUGUGAUGGAGGAUGCUGGCCAAUGGCAGCUCGCAGGCUGCCUGAUGCAAGAGGCUAUCGAAGUGAAGCUCGAGUCUACAGCAAGCAGCUUCCGUGGGGCCAUCGCUGCCACAACAAGCAGAAGCCUUUGGCGCCCGGCCCUGGCGCUGUGGCGCCAUGCUGAGCAAGUCGGGCUGGAUGGUACCCGAACUGCGGCGUUGCAGGCAUGCCAAAGCGCGCAGCGGUGGCAGUGGGCAUUGGCAGCAUUCUCUACCUUGGAGGCUCCCAGCCUAAGAGACUGCAAUUGCGCUUUGAGCCUUUGUGCAGACAGCAACUCAUCCCCUUUGGCUUUGCAAGUCUUGCGGAGCAUGCCGCUCUGCCAGCUGCGUGCCGAUGUUGUGAGCUUCAACAGUGCCAUGGGGGCAUGUGGGGAUGGCAGCUGGCAGCUCGCCGCAUGGCUGCUGCAAGUCAUGGCUGCUACAUCGCUCGACCGGAAUGCCAUCAGCUUCGGCAGCGCCAUCGACAGCUGCGGUCGAUUUGCGACAUGGCAUGCCGCGGUGGAGCUGUGUUCACGGGCGGCAAGGCUUGGAGGGUUCCAGUUCACUGUGCUGAUGGCAGAGAAGAGGGGGGAAGAGGGCUGUCACCAAGAGCAGUGA